AUGCAAUCACAUAAUACUUAUAAUUCUGAUGAAUCUUUAAUCAUUGAACCAGCAUAUUAUUCUGAAGGGAAUAUUCCCAUUUUCAAACCAACCAUGCAACAAUUUAAUAAUAAUUUUUAUCAAUUUAAUAAAGCUAUAAAUAAAUAUGGAAUGUCAAGUGGUAUUGUUAAAAUCAUUCCACCAAAAGAAUGGAAAUAUCAAAUUAAUAAAUUUUAUACUAAUGAUAAUUUAAUUAAUAAUAUAAUCAUUAAGAAUCCAAUUAUUCAACAUAUAAAUCAAAUAUUGCCAGGGAUUUAUCAACAACAAAAUAUUGAAAGACAAAGAAAAUAUAAUAUUUAUCAAUGGAAACAUUUAUCAGACAAUUAUAAACCUCCAAAUCCUAAAAGAAGACAUCUGCAACUGCAACUGCAAUUGCCUGAUGAACAACUGCUGCAACUGCAACUGCAACAAUCCGCCCAACAUGAACCUUCUUCGCCAACUAGAAAAUUACGACCACAUCACCACCCUAUCCCAGAAUACACAAUAGACACCUCAGAAUUCAAUAACGAUGAAAGAUGUAAAGAAUUAGAAUCGAUCUAUUGGAAAUCCCUAACAUAUUCUGAACCAAUGUAUGGUGCAGAUAUGUUAGGUUCAUUAUUCCCCCACAACUUUAAAUCUUGGAAUAUUGCUCAAUUACCAAAUAUACUAGAUCUUAUGGAUAAUAAAAUCCCAGGUGUAAAUGAUGCAUAUCUUUAUGCUGGUCUUUGGAAAGCUACUUUUGCUUGGCAUUUAGAAGAUCAAGAUUUAUAUCUGAUAAAUUAUAUUCAUUUUGGAGCUCCAAAACAAUGGUAUCUGAUUCCUCAACAUCAUCAACAGAAAUUCUUUGAAUUUAUGAAAGAUACUUUUAAUGAAGAUUACUUGAAAUGUCAUGAAUUCUUAAGACAUAAAACUUUUUUGGUCUCACCUGCAUUACUUAGAAAGAAUGGAAUUGAUGUAAAUCAUAUUAUUCAUCGUGAGGGGGAAUUCAUCAUCACUUAUCCAUAUGGAUAUCAUGCUGGUUUCAAUUAUGGAUAUAAUUUAGCUGAAUCUGUGAAUUUUGCUCUUGAUGAUUGGUUUGAAUUUGGGAAAAUUGCGUCAAAAUGUGAAUGUAUUUCUGAUUCAGUUGCAAUUAAUAUUAAUCAAUUAAUGUCGAAAUAUUAUGGAACUCGAAUAUUAAAUAAUAGGGGUGGAUGUAGUUAG